GUGAGAAACAAACCGCGUCGGCGAGUGAACGUUACGCAGUCGUGAUAAAUAUUUUUACGACAAACUUUUAAUACAACAAUUUCAUUUAUUUAAUUAGGUUUAAUUUAUAAGUCGCUUGAGUUAUGUGAUUUUAUUUAUCUAUUGACUCUGGUAAACAAGCAGUAAAAAUGAUGAUGGCCAGUGCAAAAUUGGUUCGGGACUGUAGUUCAGACUUGAGUUCGGAUGUACGCUCUCUUUCUGUAGAGUCUUCUACCGAGGAACAAGAUUCUACUACAACGGAGUCGGAGUAUUCUGAAGAAGAGAAGGAAUAUGAAUUAGAUGAUUUACAAAUUCUGAAAACAAUUGGUACGGGAACAUUUGGUCGCGUUUGCUUGUGCAGAGACAAAGCGGCGGACGAGUACCUGGCUAUGAAGAUAUUGUCUAUGGCUGAUGUCAUACGUUUGAAACAGGUUGAUCAUGUCAUGAACGAGAAGAAUAUAUUAUCUGAGAUUAAUCACCCUUUUGUUGUUAACCUACGGUGGUGGACGCAUGACGAGUCUUGCAUAUAUAUGCUUUUCGACUACGUGUGUGGAGGCGAGCUUUUUUCAUAUUUGAGAAAUGCUGGCCGCUUUAGUAACAAUAUAGCAAAUUUCUAUGCAGCUGAGAUAGUAUCGGCGCUAGAAUAUCUUCACGCCCGCAACAUCGUUUACAGAGACUUGAAGCCCGAAAACUUACUUCUAGCAAAAGAUGGACACUUGAAGAUUACAGACUUUGGUUUCGCGAAAAAACUCACGGAUCGUACAUGGACCUUGUGUGGAACGCCAGAAUACCUGGCCCCAGAAAUUAUACAGAGCAAAGGGCACAAUAAAGCUGUAGACUGGUGGGCUUUAGGCGUGCUCAUUUACGAGAUGUUGGUCGGUUAUCCUCCGUUCUACGACGACAAUCCCUUUGGAAUAUAUGAGAAGAUCCUUAAUGGCAGAGUUGACUGGCCGCGCCACCUCGACCCAGUUGCCAAGGAUAUCAUAAAGAAACUGUUAGUGCAAGACAGGACGAAAAGACUCGGAAAUAUGAAGUGUGGCUCGGAAGAUGUGAAACGACAUCGAUGGUUCAAACAUUUGGACUGGGCUGAUGUUUAUAUGAAGAAGUUACAGCCGCCUAUUGUACCAGCCGUGUCAUAUGAAGGCGAUACUUCAAACUUCGACGAAUACCCCGAAACAGACUGGAAAGCCGUGAGAUCGCUGGAUCCAGAUGAAUUAAAACUAUUCGUGAAUUUCUGAAAUUCUAAAUUCCUCUAUUGGUACUAAUUUAAAGCGGAAUUCGUGAAUGGGUUUGUUCGGAUGUGAAUUUCCAAAAACAAUUUCGUAAUUAACAUUAUGUUAGGAUAUUUAGGAUUUUCGUGAUUUCUUAAAUCUUAGUGAUGCCGAGAUUAGAUUUAAUUAAUUAUUAAACUUUGUUUAAUGUG